CUCUGCGCUAGGUGCGGGGUCCAGCGCUGCGCACGAGUUCCUGCCCUCGUGGGCUGACCCUCUAGAAAGGCUACAAGGAAGGAAUAAAAAGAGAGAUCUAAGACCCCACCCUUGAGGGCACAGAAGUCCCCCGAUUCCCCGCCAGUGCGAUGCUUUGGGCUUCUAUCUUCUGCUCCCCCAGCGCUGCCCUCCUACGUCCUGAGGUUCUGGGGCAGGGCCCUCCAGCUCCCUGGCCUCCCAGGAUCCCCACCCUCUUGAAAGGGGCUGGGUUCGGGGGGGAAACCCCGUGGCGCUUCUCAGUUUCAGCUCAGACAAGGCCUUUUAUGUUUUUAAGGUUACUUCUCCUUGGAAACCAACCACCCCCGUGAAAAACCCACACACGCAUGACGCAAACACAGACCCCACACCGAAUACGUUUGUUGUUUAGAAGCCCUGGGGUGCCCCCUCUAGUAGGCCAGAGUCUGAGGAGAGCCUCUUCGGUUCCCUGCACUUCCGGGGCCUCCAGAUAAAUCUGGGACCCCUUCUGUUGGCCCCCGGGGCCCGGUCACACUCGCUUCCCUCUCUCUUCCCCUCCACCCUGAGACUGAACUCUCAUUUCCUCAAAGCUGCUUUGACACCUCUUUCAUCCAAGCCCUUCCACACCCUGAUGUGGUCCUCUUUCCUCGAACGAUUUCCUCUGCUCUUCCAACUUCCCUGCAUGCCCAGGGCGGGCGCGGGAGAGGGGGACAGGGGUCCUCUGCCACGCGCCUCUUCCCCGGAGCCCACCCCAGUGGGCACGGUCCUCGCUUUAUGCCAAUCACAAGGUCAGUAAAUAAAUUCUCUUGCCACUGUGUGUUCUCACCUAGCACAAAUUAUCUCAUUUAAUCCCUAGGGGCCUUCCAACGUAGGUUCUAGCAGCUGGGUUUUACAGAGGCACAGGAGGGGGCAGGAGUGGGAACUAGAGCUCAACUCACGGAGGCAGACACUCUUCUUUCCCACCUUCUCCCACUACCCCCACCCUUCUAGCUAACAGAUACCUAGUUUCACGCAGAGCAGCAGGGUGUCCAGCCCUAGACCAAAAACACUUGUUUUCCCAGCCUGCUUUGCAGCUGGGGUCUCAAGGGUGCAGGGCACUGGCUAAAAAGACAAGUGUAAGCCAGCUGGAGAGGUGGCUUCUGUGACAGUGUUUGAUGUCUUCCACAAAAAAAUGGACACUGUCCUUUGUCCCGUCCCCUCCCCUGAUGAAUGCUGAUGAGAUGUCUGGAGCCGCAGCAGCCAUCUUACACACUUGAAACCACAAGCAUGAAGAUCCAAGCUAACAUGCUCAGAAUGGAGGAGCAGAAAGAUCACAAGAGCCUGGAUCCUUGACGACUUUGGUUGGCACCUGAGUCAACGCCAGUGGCUGCCUUGUUAUGGGAACAAAAGGAAAAUGAAACCACCGAUUGUGUGCGCUAUGGCUGGUCAGGCCUCUGUUACUGUUAGCUGACAGCAUUUAUAACUGAAGUCUUAGGUUUCUUAGCCCUGUGCUCUUUGCGUCCAGUGGUCACUGGACACGGGGUGAGUCACUUGUUUUGUUCUUCGAAGUGGCUGAGCACCAGAGGCCCUUUAGCUAGGAAAGAGAAACCUCAAGGGCAGUAGGUGAGGAGCUGCGGGCAGAAGCUGACAACAUGGUGAUGCUUCACGCUGACAGCAACCACCCCCCAGACACCCACCUUGUAGCACCAGGCCUGGGCUAGACCGCAGGGCAUCAGACUGGGCGCCUUGCAAUGACAGCAUUGCCUGGCGGGCAAGGAAAGCAACUGCCAGAUGAAUUACUUCAUUUGGGGUUUUCAGUCUCGGAGCCUGGCUGCUCUUUGUUCCUUCCUCCAAAGCAGAGGCCUGGGGGUCCCCGUGGCUCCUCCCAUUCCCCCCACCCAGCAUCCAUGGGUCACCAAACCUGGAAAAUCUGGCCUCUCAUUGUAUGUAAGACCCACCCCUUUAACUGGCCCACUGCCACUCCCUGCUCCAGGCUUUGCCUCUCUGUCCUGCAUGGUAGCUGUGACCACCUGGCUGGCCUCCUUGCAUCCACUGGUCCCACCGGGCAGCUCAGGGGCUCCUCCUCGUUGACAAACAGUUGUGCCACUCAAAUGCCACGAUGCACAUCUCUUGCCUUAACAAAUGCUUGUGCCGCCAUGGAUUCAUUCGAUCAUCUACUCAUUUAGCAAAUCGUUAUUGGGACUGUGUAUCAAACACGGGGUUUGAGGGUGAGUCAAGUGUGGGCCUGCUCCUAGGAGCUCUCAGCCCUGGGGGGAGGGGGCAGCGGAGCCAGCCGAGAGCCCUGAGAAAUGGCUGCUCUGCUUGGAUGGCUCACCGAGACCCUAGCCUGUCUCUGGCACCUCGUAGAUGCUGGAUAAGUUUGUGUUGUUUAUGUAAAUGAAUAAGCAGAUGGAAGAAUAGACUUUAAUGGGGAGAGAGACCCAGGCUUCCCAGCGACCCAGCUGAGCCCAGCCUUCCGGCCUUCCCUGCCAAGGCACCUGUCAUGCGCGUCGGAAGUCUUGGAUGUGCCAGCCCGUCAAGUCCCCGGAUGACUGCGGCCCCAGCCAAAAUCAUGUGCGGCCGAAGAGCAUUCAACCAAGCUCAGCCAACUGGCCAAUAGCUGACUGCUGACUACCCUCCCCUCGGCCAUGGACACCCCUGGCUAUCCCGUGUCUGUGCCCACAACCUUGGAACCUGGGAACACCUCCUCGGCCUGGCUCCUGGAUGCCACCCUGGGAAACGCGUCAGCCGCCCCAAGCGUGGCAGGGCUGGCCGUCAGCGGCGUUCUCAUCCCACUGGUCUACCUGGUGGUGUGCGUGGUGGGCCUGCUGGGCAACUCCCUGGUCAUCUACGUGGUCCUGAGGCAUACGGCCAGCCCGUCGGUCACCAGCGUCUACAUCCUCAACCUGGCCCUGGCCGAUGAGCUCUUCAUGCUGGGGCUGCCCUUCCUGGCUGCCCAGAACGCCCUGUCCUACUGGCCCUUCGGCUCCCUCAUGUGCCGCCUGGUCAUGGCCGUGGACGGCAUCAACCAGUUCACCAGCAUCUUCUGCCUGACCGUCAUGAGCGUGGACCGCUACCUGGCCGUGGUGCACCCCACCCGCUCCGCCCGCUGGCGCACGGCUCCCGUGGCCCGCACGGUGAGCGUGGCCGUCUGGGUGGCCUCGGCGGUGGUGGUGCUGCCCGUGGUGGUCUUCUCGGGGGUGCCGCACGGCAUGAGCACCUGCCACAUGCAGUGGCCCGAGCCGGCGGCGGCCUGGCGCGCCGGCUUUAUCAUCUACACGGCCGCGCUGGGCUUCUUCGGGCCGCUGCUGGUCAUCUGCCUCUGCUACUUGCUCAUCGUGGUCAAGGUGCGCUCGGCCGGCCGGCAGGUGCGGGCACCCUCGUGCCAGCGGCGGCGGCACUCGGAGCGCAGGGUCACUCGCAUGGUGGUGGCCGUGGUGGCGCUUUUCGUCCUCUGCUGGAUGCCGUUCUACGUGCUCAACAUCGUCAACGUGGUGUGCCCGCUGCCCGAGGAGCCCGCCUUCUUCGGCCUCUACUUCCUGGUGGUGGCGCUGCCCUACGCCAACAGCUGCGCCAACCCCAUCCUCUACGGCUUCCUCUCCUACCGCUUCAAGCAGGGCUUUCGCAGGGUCCUGCUGCGGCCCUCCCGCCGCGUGCGCAGCCAGGAGCCUCCCGCCGGACCUCCGGGGGGGAAGACGGUGGAGGACAAGGGGGAGGAGGAGGACAGGGAGGAGGACGGGCGGGAGGGGGCAGGGAAGCAGGGGGAGGGCAAGGAGGUGAAUGGCCGGGUCAGCCUCAUCGUGCAGCCGGGCACCAGCAGGCAGGAGAAGCCGCCCAGCGGCAAGGCCAGCAAGGACAAGCAGUUCCUCCCCCAAGAGGCCUCGGCUGCAGACAAGCCAGGUGCACUGCACAUCAGCUAUCUGUAGGGGCCCGCGGAGGGCCAGCGUGGCCCAAGGAUGGGACAGAGGCUGUGGGUGUGCCUGGGGCAUGCCGUCCAUGGUGCCAGAGGCCCACGAUGGGAUGUUUGGAGGCCUGGGCUCUGAUCCUAUAGCUGCCGAGACUUGCUGUGUGACCUUGCCUAGGUCCCUUUCCUUCUCUGGGCCUUGUGUUCUCUUCUGUGACUCAGGGAUGGGAGGAAUCAGCCAGGACAAGCUCUGCUGGAUGAGAAGCCCGGAGGGGUAGUGUUGCUGGCUGGCCUUCCGGAGCGGGGCCCAGGUCCAGGGGACAGGUGCAGACUGGACUUCCCCCUCAAAGACCCAGCAUCCUGGUGGACCAGCCUGAAUCUUGGCCCUUGGAGGGACAGACCAAGAUCUGAUUUUCCGGGGGUCAGAGUCAGGUUCGCAGGGGAGGGACUGGGGCCCCAGUGCCGGGAGGGAUUCAAACCGCUCAGGCCCCACAUCAGCCCUGCCCCACUUGCUGAAAGGCCUCGGCCAGCUCUUCCUCCUCUCUGGGCCUCAGGCCUCACCUGCUGAACAACCCAAUAACCUCCAGGCCCUCUUGGCCCAGAUGGUCAGUGCUGGGACUCCUGUGUUCCUGGUCCUGAGAGGCGGUGGUUUUUCCAGGAAAGUCACUCAGGCCAGCUUCAGGGUCCCUUACCGCUUGGGCCCAUCCAAGGCCCUGUAUCUCAUUUUGUACUUGGAAUUUUAUAUUCUUUUUCAUAAAGAGGGUCUCCAAACUGCAUAGGUUUAGGCCACCCAAAGCCCCACUCAGCCCCUGUUGAGGGCAGCUGACCAGUUCACGUCGUGUCCUGUGGCUGGAGGGGGGGGGUGUCUCUGGGUGUCUGAGGGCUCCAGGAUCCCCGUCAUAGCAACACCCAUUGGCGUUCCUCCCCUCCCAGAGACCAAGGCAGACUGGCAGGGAAAGGCAGUGUCUAAACAGCAUGGUGAGGAGAAGGAGGAAGAGGAGGAGGGGGAGGAUGAAGGGGGCAGAGAAAGAAGAGAGGAAGGAGGAGGAGGGUGGAGGACAGAUCUGCUCCAUGACCGUGCAGUCAUCCUUGGCCCCUCUGGGCUGAGCUCGGUGGCACCGUUGCUGAAAGCAGGCUGUGGAUGCCUGGUCUGGUCAAUCUCAAGGAAAGGAUGCAGUCAGGAUGCGAAAGCGAACGCUCUGGAAGGUACAGCGCUGGCUCCCUCGAGGGCCUCUCUGUGCUGGUAAGAGGGGCUGCACCUUGAUGGUGGCCUAGGGACAGAGCUGAGGGUUAGGGGAGCAGGCCUCCCCAUUCUCUAUAUUCUCCGGAGCCACAGUGUGGGGCAGCCCAGGGAAGACAAGACAAUGGGGGCUGGCGAGGGACUACAGGAGAGGUCACCAUGCAAGGACUCUCUCCCAGAGAUAAGCCCUCAGAACCAUGGUGGGAUUGGCUCUGGGGCUGACAGCACCUCAGGCUAAGUCCCUCCAUCCCCCACCCCGGCAGAGGGCAGGGGGUUUUCAGGGAAAGCACGUGAACGGAAGGUUGGGAGACCUAGCUCUUCAACCCACCUCAGGAUCCUGGCUAGCCUUGACCUCUCUGGGGCGCAGUUUCACCAUCAUAAAAUGGAGGCUGUCCCAGUCUGCCUACCUGUUCGGAUUUGGGGGAAAAAAUGAAUCAUGCUGGGCAAGCUGCCCCCCACACUACAAUGGUAGGGGUGGGUGUCUCAGAUCAUAAAGUAGAGGCAGGCCCCAUGCCAGGCUUGGCCUACACCUGCUCCUUCAUCAAGUGGCCUGUCUCUGGCCCUCGGGGGUAAGGAUAGUGCGGGACCCAGGGUCGGGGGACGGGGGAGGCAGAGGCCAAAGACGGAGAUGCAGGGCUUGAGGAGCGCGCCUGCUCAGAAGUUCACAAAACCAGGCGUUGCAUGGAUGUUAGAGCUGGAGGCUCAGCCCUCAGUCUGGGGUUCCCCUGAGGAGGCUCUGGGGGUCUGAGUGAAGAAGGGCCCCAGCAUUUCAGCAUUUCCUGGCCGCCCCUGCCUUCCUGAUUCCUGGGACAGGUGAGCCUGUUCGGAAGGGGUGGCUGCAAAGCCCCGAAGGAAACCCUUUGCUGCUCCUGCCCCUAGCUCUUGUCAAUAAAGACAGUGACACGUGA